GGAAAAAAAUUGUUUUGUUAAAAACAUGGCGAAUUUGACACAUAAAAACGUUUGAUUAGUGCUCUUUAGGCCAAAAUCAUAGUGCAAGUGACACUUGAGCAUUACACGAAAAUACCCAAAUAGUCAACGCGUGUGCGUAACAUAAAAACUCAAGCAAGAAAAUUCCAAUACAGACCUUGAGUGGGCCCUCGAAUACACUCACACACACACAAACACGCAUACAUAGAAAGAUAAACGGGUUGAAAACGUCACUCGGCAGCGAGCAGUGAGAGUUCCUGAAGUGUUUUUGCAGCUGCUGUUAGCCAAAUAAGCACGACAACAACAACAACAAGAAGAGUUAAAAAUUGAAACAAAGGACUCACGAAAUGGUGAAUGUUCCGCCACCGCUCCUCUGCAGCACGCCACCCCCGAUUGACUUUGGCGAGGAUGACGAUGAUUCGGGGCUGCAGUCAACGCUGCAACUGGAAGACGCUGACGAAUAUUCGGAGUAUGGCUUAGUCAGCGACACGCACGAAGCUGCGCUCAAUGCGAAAGUGCUAACGCUGCCAGAAUUACCCAUAUCAUCAACACAUCAGCCACUGCCCAACGAUCUGAGCAACGGUGAUGAGAAAUCAACUGCUGCACACCCCGUGGAGGCUUUCAAUUAUCAGGUGAGAACGCUUGACGCCUUUGAGCCCGCGAAGGAGCAGCAAAUGCCAACAUCCAAUCAAGAGGAACAGCAUGAGGUGGAGGCUGAGGUGGAUGUGGAGGAGGAGGAAGAAGAUGAUGAUGAUGAUGAAACCAAUACCAAUGAUAAUGUGCCCUCGCUGAAAUUGGACAGCCUGAGCUUGUACUCCAGCGAGAGCAUCUCACCCACCUGCACACUGUCGCCCGUGGCCGAUGAGCAGGCAGCAAGCAAAGCGCACGCUGCCAUCGUCCACCAGGUGACGCUGGAGGAUGUGACCGAUGACAGCGAUGAGGAGUGUUCGCCAAAGAAACCCAAAGAACUAUUCAUACCUGAGGGCGCAGCUGAUUUUUUUGCCAUAGAGAUUCUACAUACGCCCACGCCGCAGGCGACGACGCCAGCGCUGAGCAAUCCCAUUCCUGAUGCCAAGCAGGAGUUUGCCUUGCCCACGCUGCAGACGCCCAUACCUGACCCCAAGCAGGAUUUUACUGCGUUUCCAGACUCAACGCCACCACCUCAGCAGGAACUCAACGGAAAUCUUGUCAAAGACAACGAUGCUGAGAAGGAGGAGGAGGAGGACGUGACUUUUGGUGACUUUGCCGACUUUUCGGCAGCGCCAGCGUCGCUUGAGUCGUUACAGUCAAUACCAGUAGCGGCCGGCAGUGAUGAUGGCUUCGAUGAUUUCCAGGAUUUUGCCACACCCUCAGCGACAACGGCGACUGUUGAGAACGAUGAUGAUGGUGAUGAUGAUGAUUUUGGUGACUUUGCGGAGCCCGCAUUUGUGCCCGCUCCUGCUGCCACAGUAGCAUCAGUGCUGCUGCCACAACCACCGCCACCAGCUGCAACGCAUCUCAGCAUCGAUGAACGUGUCAAGCCUGUGUUGGAGCUAAUGUUUCCCAGUCAGGAGGCGGCCAGUUGUACACACCUGCCGCCCAAGCAGACACCGCUGGCCCAGACGCAAUCCUUGCACUUUGGCGCCAUUGAACAGGCGCAUGCUCUCGACUAUCAGUGGGCAAACUCCGAGAUGCGACACUCCCUGGUGCGAUCCCUGGCCAUCGAUUCGCGCAAUAUUCUGUUUGGCGACAAGUGGAAUGCGUCGAUGCCACGCUUUGCGGCUAACCUGAGCUUUGAUCCACUAAAGCCACUCAAGCCGUCAACUGUCACAUCUGUGCUGGAGCCACAAACGGCAUCCGUAUCCAGCUGGCGGCCCGCAAACAGCAGCUCCAUGCAGCAGCCCAGCCAGGAAUCACAUGUACAGACUUUACAAUUGGAACAACAACAACAACAACUAGACCAAGUAACGAUGGUGGCUAAUGCUGAUAAAAUAAAUCUUGUUACCUCUAACUACUCCCACAACAACAACAACAACAACAAUCACGAUGCCUUGGCUGCGAUGGAACUAUUUGAUAAUAAUGACAAUAUGACAAUCAACCACAACAACAACAACAAUCAAUGCAAUGCAACCAAUGCCAAUGAAACGCAUACUUUUGUCACACAUUUUGCCACCAUCUGCAACAAUAACAAUAAUCAUGCAAUAACAACCACUACAACAACAACAACAACAACUAACACUAAUUUAAUCGCUCACGUCGCCUUGCUGGAUCUUAGUAAGUUUCGUUCGUUGGCUCCGUGCGUGUUGUAUAGACUUGAAACAGCUGCCGCCGCCGCCGCAGCAGCAACACCGGCGAGCCAAGCUAAAGCGCAGCCUGGCACUACUCAUGGGCAAAGCUCGACCAACGGUAACGACGAGGCAGCAGCCGAUGGCGCCAUCGCCGGCAUUGAUGACGCCACAGCAGCAACAUCAGUUUUUGCUGCUGCAACAACAACAGCGCCGCUAUCGCCUGCUUUAUCAGCAGACGGCAAUGGACACGGCUUCGUCGACGACAGCGAGCAGCUCGCUCAGCAACAGCAGCAGCAGCAGCUUGAUCUGAGAAAGUCACCAUCGCCAUCACCAUCGCUGCCAACACCGUCGCCGUCGCCGUCGCCGCCGCCACAGCCAGCAAUCAUUAGCAGCAGCCAGCAACUGCAUGAGAUCAGCAGCGGCAGCAGCAGCAGCAAUAGCUUUGCCAUGCCGCUCAAGGAGACACAUAUUUACACACCCUCGAAAUCAGACACGGCGGUGGCCAAGACCACAACGCUGGCGCCCAUCGAUUUCGACUAUGAGAUCGCCUCGGCCGGCAUCAUUAUUGACGAGACGGUCGUAAAGAAAGAAUAUCGCGAUGUGGAGUACAAGCCACCGCCGGCCACAAUAACCCCCUAUGCCCUCGACUCGUCCAGCAAGCUGAACGCAUCCGGGAAGCCAUCAACUGAGGAUGAUGAUUUCAGUGAUUUUCAGAGUGUGCCCGCCAUGAAGAACUGCGCCCAACUACAGCCGCCUCGCAAUGGCACGCCCACAUUUGGCGAGCAGAUGAUACUCAGUCCGGCCAUACUGCUGCCGCAAUCAAUUCCAUUGGCGAAGCCAAGCAUUGAGUGGGGCGACAAUGCAAUGGCCAGCAUCAAUGCCGAGGAAUUGGCACGCAUCGAGGAGCUCUUCUCGCAUCAGUUCAAGCCGCCGACGAUAAGCGCCACGGUGGCGCAACAGUCACCCAAACAGCCGAGACAGCAGCAACAACAACAUCAGCUGCAGCUGCAGCAGCAACCGCAACAAAAAAAGCAACAGCAGCAGGAGGAUGAUGAGUGGUCCGAUUUUGUGUCUGUGCCCGUGCAACAGCAGCAAAAGCAGCAACAGCAGCUGCAACAGCAGAACAACCAUCACAAUAACAACAAUGUGCUGAAAUCGCGAGCGGCAACUGCAGUUGCAAAGCAAGAGGAUGACUGGUCAGAUUUUGUUAGCAGCAAUCCAUUGCCGGCGCGUGCUGCGACAAUGCCACAAUUCAAUUCCGGCGCCUGGCAGAGUGCCAACUUUUACAACAAUCCGCUCAGUCUUUAUCAGCAGCAGCAGCAGCCGCACGCACACAGCAAUCUGGUACCCCAAUAUCAUAGCAAAAGCAGCAGCAGCAACAACACCAACAAUGGCAGCAGCAACAACAACAGCAAUCAUAAUAAUAAUAAUAACAACAAUAUACCACAACAGAUCCAUAUGAUGCAUGAUUUCUCCACGGCGCCGACGGCGACGGCGAACGCAUUGCCAGCAACUUAUCAGCAACAGCAUCAUCAGCACCAUCAGAAACAGUUGCAGCAACAGCAGCGCCAGCAGUUUCAUCUGGGCAAUGCAAAGGUGGCGCCACGCAUCUCCCUAAUACCCGAUCUGAGCUUUGUGGCACCGGCACUGCCAACCAAUGCUGGCGCCUUCAUGAGCUCUUUGCCCAAGCCCAGUUUCAGUGCAAAGAAAUGACAAAAGCUGCGCACCGUGAAACAGUUAAGGUCACAGCAACAGCAGCAUCAUCAUCAUCAGCAGCAGCAGUCGAAGAUGUUGUUGGUGCCGCCGCCUUGCCUUCCGGCAGCCGAGGCGACCAUCUUGACGUAGGCGACGCGUCAAUCAGUAUUAUGAAUCCGUCUAGAUAUUUUGUUAUAUAAGUGAGCAAAGCUGCAAGCAAUUUUGCAACGUUUGCGCUGGUUGUUAUCAUUGUUAAUGUGCGUGUUGCUGUGUUGUCGUUGUUGAUGUUGUCGUUGUCAUUAUUGUCGUUGUCAUUAUUGUCGUUGUUGUUGUUGAUGUUGUCAUUGUUGUUACUCGUAGCCUGUAAUUGUAGUCAACAAAAAAAAAAGCAAUGCUAAACUGUUUGCGUCGAAAUUAUAGUAUUUAGUGCAAUAUUUUUGUGUAAAAUUUUGUUUUUAGACAGAGAACUCGAGAAUUGGCCGAAAACUUAAAUAACUCAGUAAUUAGGAGUAGUAUUAGUUAUAGAGCCUAUUAUUUUAUUAUUAUUAUUUACUAUAUUAUGUGGAUAGACUGUAUUGAGUGGUACAUAAAACGUAGUAAUCGAUAUUACCUCUCCAUUUAGCUAUAGCUUGGACUUUGCGACUUCUGAAGGUCAAAGCCCCCACAAAUUUACCCAACAACUAAACUAGAUUUGGUUUUUAGUGAAUGCUUGGAAAUUAGAACUUGUACAAUAUUUAAAGCAAUAGAAACCUCUAAGCUAUAUUUUGGGGAAGCACUUUUAUUUUUGGUGUUUCUUGUUUUUUAAAACUCGUUUGAGUAAUUCAUUUUGAAUAAGCGUUUGUAGUUUAACAAUGUUGAACAUUAAACCAUAAAUAAAGCGACACGAUUUAGUUUCCGAGCGAGUUGAGAAACGUUUGCAAAGGCCAGCUUAGAAAUGUUUGUAUUGCCCAGAUUUGACCCACUAAGUUGGUGGGAUCUCAGUCAAGACGUGCGUAGAAGCGAUCAGACUGGUUGCAUCACUCCAAAUAAAAAAAAAUAUAAAUUAAUUUAAAAAACAAACAAGAGACGCCCCAGCCAUUCCAAAGUGAGAUAUUUCAAGGCGUUAAAAAAAAAGAAGAAAAAAACAUCCAAAAACGUAACCCGCCCAAGCGAAAUUUUUCUAUAUAUACAUUUAAACAUAUAUAAAGUUGGGUAUGUCUAUAAUGUAUUAAACUAUAUUUAAUGCAAAUUUGUUACAAUUAUUACAACAAAAAAAAAAAACCAAGAAAAGAAAACUGCGAGCAUUCCAUGUUUAGUCAUAGUUUGCCAUGAUCUCCAUAAUGAAAACCUAAAGCAGAAAACUAAAAAAGUGAAAACCCAUUGGCUUUAGAUUUUUGUGUUAAAUGUUUUAUUUAUUUAUUUCGCUUAAUGUUUGCGUGUGUGUGUAUG